GGAGAUAUUAACCCUGAAGUGUGGACACGUACCCUGGAAAGUUAUAUAGACACCGUUCCUGAUGAGAAUGAAGAAACAUUUAAUAAUAGCCCAGGGCAACUAUUGGGCGUUAGAGAUAAGCUUUUACGAUUAUAUGCGAAAAAGUUUUUAUUGAUUUUUGAAUUCGAUUGGAUUGAAUCACAUGCCCAUACUGCGAAAAUUAUGAAGUCUUCUACAAAUUCUGGAUCUGUUCGAGAAGACAUUAAGGGAACAAAAAUUUCUGGUGACUUUGAUAUAUUUCAUAUGGAAGUCGUGGAUGCUCGACUAACUUUAUAUGCAUUAAGCAUGCUUUCUGAUGCCGUUUCCUCAUUACUGAGUUUGCCACUGCCGUUAUGCCUUUUAACUUUAAUGGUCGAGAUCAAUACAAAGUCAUCCUUAGAAUGA